AUGACCCCUAACAGAAGGGUUGGUGUUGACGUCUACCUUCGGCAUCCCUCCCAGUCCCGUGUUCCUACAAACAUAACACCGGGCCGCAGUUCUAGUAAAACCUAUAGUCUCAUUCCGAGGCGUCAAAGUCCAUGUAUUGCUCUAAAGGUACUUGUUAAAAUAAAGUUUGUGUUGAAAGGUUUGGAAAUGAAGGUUGGGGAGGCCGAAGGGGUCUCUAGACGAAAGGACACGUGUGAGGAUGAAGAACCAGUCGAGAAAAGGCGGAAACGUAAUGGUUGUGUUAAUUUACUCGAUAAUGCCACAAGGGGGACGGAUGGCCAGGCCGUGGAGAAAUCAGACGUAGUUUCACCAGAAAGGGAACUACCGAAUUUUGGCAUUUCAGGGCAUUCCAGUUCCAAUGUGAUUGCUCAGCGGACGUGCAUCAAGUACUUUGCUCACAACGGCUACACCGCCACAAAAACCCUGGAAAUCAUUCAGAAAGCCUUUGGAGAUCACGCCCUCUCCAAGACACGGAUGUUCAAGGCGGGACGGGAGCGAGUGGAGGAUGAGCCUCGCUCCGGCCGACCGUCUACCUCUACCGAUGAGCGACAUGUGGCUCAGGUCAGGGACUUGGUGAUCAACAACAGUCGCAUAACUAUUAGGAACAUUAUCGAGCAGGUUCCCAUUUCGUUUGGAUCCUGCCAAUCCAUUCUGCGCAAUCAUUUGGGUCCGCGGCGAGUGACCUCGCAGGUCAGUCCAAAAACGGUAAAUUUUUUGCAGCAAAAACAACGCAGCCAGGCUACCGAGGAAAUGCCCUCCCAGGGCGAAUCGUGA